GCAGGUCCAAAGAAAGGUCUCGGUGCAUAUUCCCGUUACACGCUAGCGGACGAGAAGAUUGCGUUCAAGCUGCCAGCGGCAAUUACUGCUCCUGCCGCAUCCACCAUUCCUCUCGCAGCAGCAACGGCCUGGUUGGCUUUAUUCUCUGAGAGCUGUUUGAAGAUCGCACGUGGUGACAAACAAACUGUCUUGAUAUGGGGAGGUAGCUCCAGUGUUGGCCAAGAUGCGAUCCAGUUAGUCCACGAUAUACUCCUUUGAUAACAUCACAACCUGCAGUCCUAGAAACUUUGGACUUGUCGAGAGACCUGCUGCCCCUCAUGUCUUGGAUUAUAGCUCUCCUGAUGUUGCAGAUCUUAUCCGCCAAACAGUGCCUAACUUGGAAUACGUCUUUAAAACUAUCGGAAAUAAGAAGUCCUCAACGACAGCUGCUCAAUAGGCACAGCAUGACGCUACACUGUGUACAGUGCGUCCAGGUAAAUCCAACACAAAGUCAGUCCCUAAAUCCCUAAAAAUUGCAGUGUGUGGACAGCGUUCUUGAAGGAUUGUUUACUAUGGAAAGUUCCACUGGCCGCCCUCCAAAGCAGACCAUGAAUUGGCGAGUGAAUCGUUCGAAAAUCUGCCUCAAUGGAUUGGGGAAGACAAGGUCAAGCCCAAUCUUGAAUGGUUUUGAAUCAAUUCCAAAGGGCUUUCAGAUGCACCACAAUGGCAAAAUUUCGGCCAAAAAGAUAGUCUACGAGCUU